AUGAGCGUAUGUUAAUCCACCUCUACUCCGUGUGUUUGCUGCAUCGUAGAAUAAAUAUUAAAUACGAAGUUACACAAAAUAAAGAUUUUUAUAGUAUAUAAAAAGCAAUUGCUUCAAUAUUCCAUUACAAGAUCGUAAAGCAACAACAGUGUGAGCAAAAACAAACAACUAUUAAUGGCAACAACGUGCAUGAAAGUAUGAAAAUAAAGUAUAAACGCCUGCGCUUCAGUUCUCUUAUCUAUUGAACGAGACUAUACAGCGAGGAGUGACACAUUGAACGAGGUACAAUUCGUAAAGUCAUCAAGCAAGCAACACCACAACAAAACAAUCAAAAGCAUUUUGGCUGCGGCGGUUGCAGCUGCAAAAACUGUUACGCAGAGCCACCGCAGCCCACCCAACCCCCACAACAAAAAACAACAACAAACACAUCAGCAUUUAUUAGCUGGUGUAAUCACAUUGAUAUCAAAUCACUCGAUGCACCAGCAGCAGAAUUGCCGCAUAUCGCUGAUCAGUUCACGCCAGGACGCCAUCAGGAAAGUCGAAGCAGAGUUAUAUUUAUGGAACAGUAAGAUUCAUUUGGGUACGAUCUUAAGUUAAUCAUAUAAAUUGUAAUUACGUAGCUAUAGAAGUAAACAGCCACAAGGUAGCUUAAAAAGGGAAAUUAUAAUCAAAUUCAAAGUAUUCACUUACGCUUAAACCACUUCGACCAAUUUGAGACACUAUAAUAUAUAAAAUAAGCACAUAAUACCGAAAAAUCAAAUUCAAUCUAAGCCGUAUUUAUAAAGUCUAGUAAAAAACAGCGUGUAAAAAUGAAUGCAAGGUCUCAGGUAUUCGACCUCACAAUGGAGGGUCGGCAGGUUGACGAGGCGGUUGCAAGCAUUUUUCAUACAGUGCUUUUCCAUCGCUGCUUAGGCAAAUAUAUGUAUACGGGUGAUGCUCAAUACUCAAUUGGCACUGUGGGAUAUUCGGAUGUGGACUGUGACUUUAUCGACUUCACCUACGUAUGUUGCACAUCCGAUAGCUUGACGCAGCGGGUGAAGCGUGCCAUUAAUUUGUUUAGCGAAAAGCUACGCUCAAACGAAAGCUGCGGGUCGGGCCAAAUAAGUUUGGAGUUCUUUCAAAAAAAGAAAAAUCGCUGGUUAUUUCCACAAGAGUCGAUUCCCUGGGAGGUUUGGACUGUUCAUUUGGACUUAAUUAAGCAUGAGAACGAAGAUGAGCGUCAGCUUUGUCGCGAAAAUGUUUCCGACAUGCUCACUGAGAAGGUUAUCUACAUAACGGAACUAAUGAAUCGACACGACUAUGUGCCAAAGACACCCAGUCAAAGUGAGCUGGAUCUGAUCUUUGACACUUCGUUUCCCGACGUCCAGCCAUAUUUGUUUAAAUUUGAUUAUUCCACGACGGGUUCGACAGUUCCGUCAAUGGGAAAUGCUAUGAAGAAAAUUAUCAAAGAAACGCUUGCAAUGUGACUGACUGGGCAGAGCGACUUGGGUGUUUACUCAACUGGGCCACCAUAACAUCUAUGUACUCUUUAUAAACAUUUCUGUUCUCGUAAAAAAUUUAACUUGCUUCUGAUAUAAGGGAUUUGAAGGCUGGUCGAUACGCUGUACCUUUUAAAAAAUGGACGUAAAAGGGGGGCAAACUAAGAAACAUAUUUAGCCCAAUUAAGUAUAUUCGUAUAAAUUCUUUUUUGAUCGAAAGAUUUGCGUCCAUAUAAUAGAAUAAGAGUGUGAACCACGAUUCAGCUUAGUACAAAAUCGUGUAAUAUGGUCGACAAACAAUAUACUAUAUAUUACACAUUUACACGUGAAAAGAUUAAUUCGGAAAUACAAAUCUUGUGAAAUUUAUACUUUUUUUUUGGUCAAUGAAAAAACUAUUUUAUGUUAAAAAUAUAAGAACAAAAACUAAAAAAAACAACAAAAAAAAACAA